GGUUUACAGUAAAUAAAAUGGACAUAGCUCUGUUCUCACCAUCCUCGCUCUUUGCUGAAGACGAUGACUCAUCUGCUGAUGAGGAAACCACAGAGACUUGUCAGAACUUUGUGGAGAGGACCCACCAGUUCCCUGAAAUGGAGUUACUUAUUCGGGAGUUUUCUUUUCACGAACUGAAUGCUAAUUUACUCUGGCCAGGAACAUUUGCAUUUGCGGAAUGGUUAGUUCAACACAGGUCAUGGAUAGAAGGACGCCGCUGCAUUGAAUUGGGCAGUGGCACUGGAGCUUUGGCUAUUUUUCUCAGAAAAGCAUUGCAUCUUGACAUCGCCACGUCUGACUAUGAUGAUCAGGAAAUUGAAGAGAACAUUGCUCAUAACUGCAAGGCAAAUGGAAUUACACCUGUCCUUCCUCAUAUAAAGCAUUCGUGGGGAGAGGCUUUUCCAAUUGUGACCCCAGAUUGGGACCUUGUUAUAGCAAGUGAUAUUUUAUUGUGGCUGCCCUAUCCUGCAUUUUUGAUGAGCUGGAGACGCAGAAUUGGGAAGGAGGAUGAGUCACUUUUCUUGUGGUUGCGAAAAUGCUGGUCUUGGUGA